AGUUAACCGCUUGUAGUGCAGACAUAAACUUUGUGAUAUUUUUUGAAUUGUCCAUCAAAAUGGACUACAUCAUAUCAAAUGUUGAAAAUGUGGUCUUUAAGAUAGAAAAGGAUCUUAAUGAGCAAUUUGGCGCAUUGCCUCUUCCUUUUCCUGGCAUGGAUAAAUCAACAGCGGCCGUAUGUUUGUUUUUUAAUACUACUGAUGGACCUGAGUGUGAAAAAGGCGCCGGUUGCCCGUUUCGGCACAUUCGGGGGGAUCGAACAAUUGUUUGUAAACAUUGGCUUCGUGGACUUUGUAAAAAAGGAGAUCAAUGUGAAUUUCUUCACGAGUACGAUAUGACUAAAAUGCCCGAAUGCUACUUUUAUUCGAGGUUCAAUGCAUGUCACAAUAAGGAAUGUCCUUUUCUGCAUAUUGACCCUGAAAGCAAAAUUAAGGAUUGUCCUUGGUACGAUCGAGGCUUUUGCCGACAUGGACCUAACUGUCGCCAUCGUCAUGUAAGAAGAGUAUUGUGUAAUUUCUAUUUAGCUGGUUUUUGCCCUGAUGGAUCUUCAUGCAAGUUUAUGCAUCCAAGGUUCGAAUUACCUCCACCACCUGAAUCAAAAGAUCAAUUACCUAAGCGUCCCCCUACAUGCCAUUAUUGUGGUGAGCUUGGCCAUAAAGCUUGCUAUUGUCCAAAAAUGCCCCAAGAGCAACGAGAAGCAACGCUUCGCAUGGAAGAAGCUCGCUACAGAACGCUCGGUUACUUUAAACAUCGCUCCAACAUUGAAGGUCCCAAUAUAGUUUCUGACGAAACAAUUUCGCUGCCACAAAAACCUCCACCUCGACCGUUAGAGGAAAUAACGUGUUUCAAAUGUGGUACCAAGGGUCAUUACGCUAACAAAUGUACUAAAGGACAUCUGGCAUUCUUAUCAAAUAAUGCGAUUCGAAAAUAGUGUUGGAGACGAAUAUGCAACAAUUUUUGUUUAAAUAUAGCGAGCAAAUCGCAU